UUCCGUCAACAAGCAGGCCUCUAGACAGCGAGCUCUUCCUGGAGAUCUGAUUGGCUCAUCCGUUCUGGAGCUUCUCCUGUGUCUUCUGUGAUUGGUUAACCGCUUUGUCCGUCCAAUCAAGCUUGUGGGCGGUGAUAGGCUGUGGCGCGGGUGGCUUCAUACAAAGAUGGGCUCGUAGCAGAUACAGACCUUCCAUAUUUUCCGGUCAUCAUGAAUUUCGAUGGGCUGGACCCAGCUCUGGAGUACACACCUGCCUUACAUCCUCCAUUGGAUCCAGUUCUUGAUCCCCACUUGAACCCUGGUCUUCUGCAGCCUGUAGAGCUGGACCAUGAGCGUGUUGGCCUGGAAGGGAUCCCAGUCCCAGAGACUGUGCGCAUCAUGGAGGGAAUGUACUCAGAGUUGCACACGACUGUAUCUGAAGUUGGAGUUCCCGUGUCAGCUGUACACUUUGACGUUCAUGAAGAGAUUCUGUGGGUUGGGAACCAUGGAGGUCAUGCCACAUCCUUCUUUAGUCCUGCCCUUGAGAGAUAUUCAUCUUUCCAAGUGCAUGCUAGCAAUGAUAUUCGGCAGAUCCAAAGUGUGGAUACAGGGGUACUCUUCCUCACAAAGAACAAUCUGAAGUGCAUGACACGUGGAGGACUGACCAUCUUUGACUAUCUGAUGGAUGAGAGUAUAGACAACCACAGUCUCUUACUCACAGAUGGCAACAUGUUACUUAUGGGAGGCAUGCAGAAGAAUGUCAUCCAGAUGGAUCUAAAUACUGUACAAGAAACACAAAAGUACACAGUUGAAGUUCCUGGUGUUACAGUAAUGAGACAAUCCAACAGAUUCUUCUUCUGUGGACACACAUCUGGAAAGCUUUCAUUACGAGAUCUACGCACUUUUAAAGUGGAGCAUGAGUUUGAUGCUUACUCAGGUAGUUUGUCUGACUUUGAUAUCCAUGGAAAUCUUGUGGUGACAUGUGGAUUCUCCAGUCGCAUGAACGUCCUUGCUUGUGACCGCUUCCUAAAAGUCUACGACUUGCGCAUGAUGCGGGCCAUCACUCCUCUUCAAGUUCAUGUUGAUCCUCUCUUUCUGCGCUUCGUCCCUACCUACACUUCUAGGCUUGCUAUUAUUUCUCAACGCGGUCAGUGCCAGUUCUGUGAACCCACAGGUUUGGCGAGCCCUGCAGAUAUAUUCCACGUCAGCACUGUUAGCCAGCUUAUUAUGUCUUUUGAUGUGUCUGCUAGCAAACAAGUCUUGGCAUUUGGAGACUCUGAUGGAUGCGUGCACCUAUGGGCAGAUACCCCAGAAGCAACAUUUAACACCUACCCUCGGGACACCGAGUUUGCAAUGCCUUGCAUAGACAGCUUGCCACAUUUGGACUGGAAUCAGGAUCUUUUGCCUCUCUCUCUUAUCCCUGUACCACUAAUAAAUGAAACUUUGCUCUCGGAUUGGCCAUCUGCUAACUGCACACCAGCUCCUCGUCGUGCUCCUCCUGUAGAUCCUGAGAUAUUGCGCACCAUGAAACAAGUUGGAUUUAUUGGCUACUCUCCCAAUCCUAGGACAAAGCUUAGGAAUCAGGUGCCAUAUCAAUUGGAAAAUGAUUUUGACAACUUUAACCAAGUUCCAGAAUCUCCUAUAGGAAGAGAGGAAGAACCUCAUCUCUACAUGGUGCUCAAAAAGUACAGAAAGGUCACCAUAAAAUAUUCUAAGCUUGGUUUAGAAGAUUUUGACUUCAAGCACUACAAUAAAACCUUGUUUGCUGGCCUAGAGCCUCAUAUUCCCAACGCCUACUGCAACAGCAUGAUCCAGGUGAUAUACCUAUUGGAACCAGUAAGAUGUCUGCUUCAAAACCACCUUUGUCAGAAGGAGUUCUGCUUGAGCUGUGAGCUUGGAUUCCUAUUCCAUAUGUUGGAUUUGUCACGUGGAGACCCGUGCCAGGCUAGCAACUUUCUGCGGGCUUUCCGAACCAUCCCUGAGGCAGCAGCACUGGGACUCAUUUUGGCUGAUUCAGAUGAGGCCACAGGAAAGAUAAAUCUGGGUCGCCUGAUACAGAGCUGGUGUCGCUUUCUUUUGACACAACUGCACCAAGAAACACAAGAGCUGGAAGGUCCUCAAGCUUAUCGUGGAGUUGGGAGCACCAGCUGCUUUUCCUCUUCAGGAGGCUCUGUGAUUGGUCAGCUUUUUGGAUGUGAAGUGGAGAACUGCAGCAUGUGCCGCUGUGGCAAAGAAACUGUGCGUUUAUCUACAACACUGCUCUUUACUUUGUCAUACCCUGAGACUAACAGUAAUGAUAAAAUUCCUCCUCCAGACUUCGAGUUUGUAGAGGUUCUGAGGAAAAGCAUUUGCCUGGAGCAGAACACUCAGGCCUGGUGUGAGAAUUGUGAGAAAUACCAACCUACAGUUCAGACCCGUAACAUUCGUUGUCUUCCUGAUGUACUUGUCAUUAACUGUGAAGUUAACAGCACAAAGGAGGCUGAGUUUUGGAAGGUGCAGGCAGAGUAUGCUUUUAAAAAGGCUCUGCGAAAAGCAGAACUGAACUACCUGAAUCCCCCUGAAAGUAUCAAAGAAGAAUGGAAUGAUCCUAACUCUGAGAGUGCCCCACCAUCUCUCUUACCUUCAGUGGAAGAACUUCGCAAUGUGUGGGUCCCUAAUACUCUAAAGAUGAAGCUUUCUAAAAACAAAGAGUUAGAGGUUCUGAAUGGCUCAGAGAAUGAGGAGCCGAGCAAGUCAGAAGAUAACUCGGAUGAAUCAACAAAUGUGUAUGACCUUACGGCAACUGUUGUGCACAUCCUGGAUCCUCGAACAGGUGGCAGCCUAGUAGCACAUAUCAAAGUUGGAGAGACCUAUCACCAAAGGAAGGAGGGAGUGACACAUGAACAGUGGUAUCUGUUCAAUGAUUUCCUUAUUGAGCCUGUGGAUAAGUGUGAGGCUGUACAAUAUGACAUGAACUGGAAGGUUCCUGCAAUACUGUUCUAUACCAAGAGGAACCUGAACUCAAAAUACAACUUAACAAUUAAGAAUCCAAUCGAAACUAGUGUGUUACUGGCAGAAGCUUCUUUAGCAAGGAAGCAAAGGAAGUGUCAUGCCACCUUUAUCCCAUUAUUACUGAACGAGAUGCCACAGGCAGGAGAACUGGUGGGGCUUGAUGCAGAGUUUGUUACCUUAAACCAGGAAGAAGCCGAACUACGGAGUGAUGGUACAAAGUCGACGAUAAAGCCUAGUCAGAUGUCUGUUGCUCGUAUUACCUGUGUAAGGGGACAAGGACCUAAUGAAGGUGUUCCAUUCAUUGACGAUUACAUCUCCACGCAGGAGCAGGUGGUGGAUUAUCUUACACAAUACUCUGGAAUAAAGCCUGGUGACUUGGAUGCGAAGAUCUCGUCAAAGCAUCUUACUACGUUAAAGUCCACUUACCUAAAAUUAAGGUUUCUGAUCGAUGUAGGAGUGAAAUUUGUGGGUCAUGGCCUGCAAAAAGAUUUCCGUGUCAUAAACUUAAUGGUGCCUAAGGAUCAAGUCAUUGAUACGGUCUACCUGUUUCACAUACCACGUAAAAGAAUGAUCUCUCUGCGAUACUUGGCAUGGUAUUUCCUGGAUCUUAAGAUACAAGGUGAGACACAUGAUAGUAUAGAAGAUGCCCGGACAGCCCUGCAGCUUUAUCGCAAGUACUUAGAACUCAGUUGCAAUGGGAAAGAGCCAGAUAACUUCCGCAAAGUGUUAAAGUGCCUCUAUGAAAAGGGACGAAAGAUGGACUGGAAGGUUCCAGAACCAGAGAGUCAAAGCAGCCCAAAAAGUAAAGUGGACGUGAUUCUUCUUGACCCUGAUACAAAUGAUGAUAUCUCCUCAACUCAGUGACUGUCCCUUUUCCUUACUUGACUGUCUUUUUUGCAUUUUCUUUUAUCUGACACUGAACUAUUCUGAGUUACUUUUCAUUGACCACUAUUACAUAUAAGACAACAUUCUGAAUUGUACAUAUUGGCUUUUUAUGAUGUAUUUCUAGAAGUGAUUUAGCUUCUGGUUAUGUGGAAUUAUGUUCUUGGCUGUGUUUGAAUUAAGAUUCAUCUCCUUUAAAUUGACUGUUUAUUGGACAGACAGCUGGAUUCUAUCCUUUCCUGCAGUUUUAUAACUAACUCUUCCGUGAAUGAUUGUCCACCUUGGAAUGACUAGGGCUUGUGUUUUAUUUUUUAUUUUUUUGCAAUGAGAUUUCCAUUUCUGGUAACACCUUAUUCUAGACACUGUUGUGUCUCAUGCUAUUGAGAGCAAGCAUCUGCAAAUUAUUUACAUUGCAGCUUAUUCUACAAUGAAGUUUCUCCACAACCUUUCUAAUACUGCCUCCCAAAAAAGAGGGUUCCUCUUGGAAUAAGUAUUAUUUGCUAAGAAGUUGUUCCAGGGUAGACAGUGUUUUUUUAUUUUUUUUUAUUUUUUUCCCUCCUUGAACCUUCUAGUUCCCUGUAUACUAUCUGAAUUAGCACUUGCUAUUUUAAGCCUUUUUUUCUCCAAAAGCAUGCCUGUGUGGAUGUUUGUCUUGCCAUGUAGAAAUUGUAAUUAUGUAUGUACAGAUGAGUAUUUGCCACAUUGGUAGGACUAUGUGCAUGAGUAGGUUUCCUUUUUGUCACCGUUUUUCUGUGUUUCAUGUGAAGUUUGCCUAACUGAUUUCCAAUUCUGUUUUAUCCACAGAUGCGCCAGUGUAUUCUGCUAUGGUGGGACUUUAGCGUCCUUCUUUUUUUUUUAAUUUCUUUUUAUGAACUUGGUAUAGUGGAAACUUAUUUCCAUUUACUGUUUUAAUUGAUUUUUUAUUCUUUACUUGUAUUGAACCGUGAAGCCGUUCUGUGAACGCCAGCAAAUCUACUUUUAAUAAAACCAAAAAACAGAAUCAAUUGUCUUUCAUUAAUCCCAUAAGGUGAUUCUUCACAAACCUCUUGUGAUUAAAAUGUAAAUAUUAAAAUUGUGUUGUCUUGUUUUAAGAUGUCUGUUUCUAAAAUAAAGUUAAUAAAAGUCAGGAUGAUCUUUAUUCUGA